AUGGAUUACCCAACAAAUUAUAUUGAUGACUUGGAUGCUUUAAGGCUUGGUAUACGUGACUCUGAAUAUUUUUCAGAACCACAAAUAUUUGGACAUAAACACAUUACUGGUGGUGCAGGUGAAGGUGAUCAAUUUUUGGGUGAAAAAAAUAUUUUUAAACAUAGAGAACAAGUUAAAAGUGAUAAUGUUCUUCCAGCAUACUGUGAACCUCCAAAUCCUUGUCCAGUUGGAUAUACAUCAGAACAGGGAUGUAUUGAAAAUUUUGAAAAUUCUGCUGAAGCUUCAAGAAAUUAUCAAGCACAACAGGAAUGUUUAUGUGAUCAGGAACAUAUGUUUAAUUGCCCUGUACCAGAUAAUGAGGAUGAAAAAGAAAAUAAUGAUAAUGUUUUAAAUGAACUUCAAAUGAGUAUUGAUGGAAUUGAUAAAAAAAUUGUUGCUAAAAAAUCUCCACCACCAUUUGUUAGUGAGGGACUUAUGAGAAAGAAAAGAUCAUUUUUAGAUGAAAAUUCACAUUUAAAUAAACAUUCAAAAAUAAAUCCAUAUCUUCAAGGUGAACCAUUACGGUCAGUAUCUAAAAAAGAUGGAAAACAAUAUUGGUGA